GCCACCAUGGAGCAGUGUGCAAGCGUGGAGAGGGAGGUGGACAGGGUCCUGCAGAAGUUCCUGACCUACGGGCAGCACUGCGAGCAGAGCCUGGAGGAGCUGCUGCACUACGUGGGCCAGCUGAGGGCUGAGUUGGCCAGUGCAGCCCUUCAGGGGACACCUCUGUCAGCCACCCUCUCCCUGGUGAUGUCCCAGUGCUGCCGGAAAAUCAAAGACACCGUGCAGAAACUGGCUUCGGACCACAAGGACAUUCACAGCAGCGUCUCCCGAGUGGGCAAAGCCAUCGACAGGAACUUUGACUCUGAGAUUUGCGGCGUCGUCUCUGAUGCGGUGUGGGACUCGCGGGAGAAGCAGCAGCAGGUCCUGCAGAUGGCUAUUGUGGAGCACCUGUACCAGCAGGGCAUGCUCAGUGUUGCCGAGGAGCUGUGCCAGGAGUCAACACUGAACGUGGACUUGGACUUUAAGCAGCCUUUCCUCGAGUUGAAUCGAAUCCUGGAAGCUCUGCACGAACAAGACCUAGGGCCGGCGUUGGAAUGGGCUGUCUCCCACAGGCAGCGCCUGCUCGAGCUCAACAGCUCCCUGGAGUUCAAGCUGCACCGCCUACACUUCAUCCGCCUCCUGGCAGGCGGCCCUGAGAAGCAGCUGGAGGCCCUCAGUUAUGCACGGCACUUUCAGCCAUUUGCACGGCUGCACCAGCGAGAGAUCCAGGUGAUGAUGGGCAGCCUGGUGUACCUGCGGCUGGGCUUGGAGAAGUCCCCCUACUGCCACCUCCUGGACAACAGCCACUGGGCAGAGAUCUGCGAGACCUUUACCCGGGAUGCUUGUUCCCUGCUGGGGCUCUCGGUGGAGUCGCCUCUCAGCGUCAGCUUUGCUUCUGGCUGUGUGGCGCUGCCUGUGCUGAUGAACAUUAAGGCUGUGAUUGAGCAGAGGCAGUGCACGGGGGUCUGGAGUCACAAGGACGAGCUACCGAUUGAGAUCGAACUGGGCAUGAAGUGCUGGUACCACUCGGUGUUCGCCUGCCCCAUCCUCCGGCAGCAGACGUCAGAUUCCAACCCUCCCAUCAAGCUCAUCUGUGGCCACGUGAUCUCCCGAGACGCCCUCAACAAGCUCAUCAAUGGAGGAAAGCUGAAGUGUCCCUACUGCCCCAUGGAGCAGAACCCAGCCGAUGGGAAACGCAUCAUAUUCUGA